AUGAUCAAGGAUUAUGAUGAGCAUGGGAAGGGCAAGCUUAGUCGAAGCCAGCUGGUGCAGUUACUCACAGACACAGACUCCUCCACGCCACCAGGGACUCCCCCAACUGAAGAACAAAUAGAGUUCUUGUUGAAGCUCUGUGAAGUGGAGGAAGAUGGUUGCAUCAGCACAAAGCAGUUGGAGGAGCUUCUGUCUUGUUGGUACACCUUCACAGAGAAACGCCAUGUUUUUGACUCCAAAAUUGAGAAGUACGACGUCUCCAAAGAUGGUAAGCUCUCAAAAGAAGAGCUGAAGGCAUACCUCACCGAGCUCAACGGUGGUCAUGAAGUGGUACAGGCAGACGUUGACUGGGUCAUGAAGGCAUCUGACAUCAUCAGGGACGGCGGUCUCAACAAGAUGGAGCUUGAGCUCGCCACAUCGUUGUGGUAUGGCUACAUUGACAGAAAACCAGAGAGCCAAUGCUGUGCGAUUUCCUGA